GACUCAGCACUCUUCAACUCGCCGUCAGGUCUGGUGCUAGAAUAAAUUGACAGAAAGGUAAUUCACUCGUGAGAGAGACAACUUCAACUUCUGAUGAUGUGGAAAACCUUUGUAGAGAUCCUCUGCAUGACACUGGUGUCGGCCUCGUGCCCAAAGGAAUGUCAUUGUCCCCUGGAAGUCCCCACACGUGCAGCCGGAGUCGGUCUCAUGCUGGACGGUUGUGGAUGCUGUCAGGCUUGUGUUCGGCAGCUUUUUGAAGACUGCAGCACCUCGCAGCCGUGCGACCACACGAAGGGACUGGAGUGCAACUUUGGAGGUGGAUAUGAUUCGGCUAAAGGCAUCUGUCGAGCCAAAUCAGAUGGAAGAACUUGCGAGUACAACAACAAGAUUUACCAGAAUGGAGAGAUCUUCCGUCUGAACUGCAAACACCAGUGCACGUGCAUGGACGGCGCUGUCGGAUGUGUCUCUCUAUGCCCUCGUGAGCUCACGCUGCCCAAACUGGGUUGUGCCAAACCCAACAGGGUCAAGGUGCCGGGACGGUGCUGUGAACAGCUCGUCUGCCCCAAGGAGGCAAAGCCAGAGAUUUCUCUGAGGAAGAAGCACAGAAGGACGGACAGCAAAUACAGAAUGUCUGAAAACGACUUAACAAACCAGUAUGAGCCGGCGCCUGUGUGGAGAGGAGAAUCUGGGCUUACAGCUGCGUUCAGGAGUCUCCCAGUGAGCCACAUCUCUGCCAGAGGAUUCAAGUGUGUGUCUCACACCACAGCCUGGUCCGCCUGCUCCAAACCCAGUGGCACCGGAGUGUCCACCAGGCUGACCAACAACAAUCCUCAGUGCAAACUCAUGGAAGAGACUCGCAUCUGUAAAGUUCGCCCGCGCAACCAAAGGACCUCUGUCAGAUUGAAGAAAGGUCAGAAGUGCAACCACGUGGUAAAGGCCGGCCGCCGUGUAAAACUGUCCCACGCGGGUUGCCAUAGCCUGAAAAAGUACCAGCCCAGAUACUGCGGGUCGUGCUCACAGGGGCUGAGAUGCUGCCGGCCGCAUCGGACUCAGACGAUACCCGUGAGCUUCAGAUGCCAAAAUGGAGAAUCCUUCAGCAGGAUGGUGAUGAUGAUCCAGUCUUGCAGGUGUAACUGCUCCGCCAGCAGAGAUGAAAAGACACCCGCCCGCCGCAGACUUUUCAAUGAUAUAACUUUAAAGCAACACUAUGCAACUUUUUUACCCAGCAGCCUCUAAACUAGUUGGAUGAUUCACUGAUUUGGAGCAGGGAUAAUGGCGGCGCUUCCAGUCCCACUCCACACCCUGCACAUCUGUUCUAGCUCUGUAGCUUUGGUGAGUGAGUGUGUUGUAAUUUGACCAAAUUAGACCCAGCAAUUCAAAAAAGUAAUGCCAAACUUUGGAUCAUUUUAAAAGUCAUUAGAAAAAAUCCAUUAUUCAAAGAGGAAACCUUUAACUAUGAGGAAUUUUAAACAGAGUUUGGUGUAAUUUUUACAGCAGCAACUCUUCUGGUUCAGGGAACCAGGGAUUAUGGGUAAUAUACAUCGUUCUGUUGUGUUUCUGUUCAGUCAGAGCUUCAUUUUUCACUUCCACAUGAAAACCAGUUACUCGCUCAGAUAUGGUGCCCAAUAGAAGCACCCCACGUGUGUCUACAGAGGGCGCUGUUGCUCAGUCAAAGUGACAUUGUGUUGCUUUAAGUAUUGACUGACAGAUGAAUUUAAUGAACGAUGUUGUUCAUCAUUCUGCUUCAUAACAAUGGAGCCUUUCGAUUUGCUUCCUUGUGAAGCGUUGUAUUUAUAGUCUUCUUAUUCUUUUCUUUCAGGACAUUCAACAUGUUGCGUGAAAUAAUGUAAAUACUAUGGCAGCUUUUAAAUAACAUAAUGUUAUCUUUGUUUUGUGUUGAUAAACUGAACUUUUUCAUUUUAUUUAUGACGUUUUGAUUUGUCAUAGUUUACUUCAUAAUGCAUUCCUAUAUUUAAUCACAGUGCAGUACAUUAAAAUUAGUUUGGCAUAA